CAAGAUGGGCAGCUUUUAAUUCAACGUAAGCUCCAGCACAAGGAGAUCAUCCGCAAGCACAAACAGAAAUUACAAGAACAGCAGAAACUUCAGAGGGAACUUGCAAAAGCUUGCUCCCCUGUUUCAUCCGUCCAACCUUUCACAGUAGAUCUGAGGAUGGCGGACGUUGUUGGUGGGAAAAGGAUUUUACCACGUCCCCAGUCUGUUCAGCCUUGUGUUCCUUACUGGAAUGCUGGCCAUGGCCAGGAGGCUGGCAAUAUCUCAAGCUCAGGCGGUGUCUUGUCACUGGCGGAGAUACAAAAAAACAUAAGCCAGGAUAACAGCAAGUUGCUGGGUCUCUUGUUGGCCAAUUCAAGGACUAAAGGAUCCUUGGUGCCGCUUAAACGGUGCCAGAGUGCAAGUGUGGUGGAGAAACAUUCAAUGUCCUGUGAUAUCGGUGAGGUGUUUCGUCAGCAGCUCACCAGCAACCAACUCUUUUGUGAUCCUAACAGAGGUAGUGAUAUGACUGAACAGAAAACUUCAAACCCUCCUUUACACCCAACGUAUACAACUAUAUCUUUGCCAUCUCCGUCCAUUUUUACCAUGGCAUGGCCAAGUCAGGCGUCCAGCAAGACGCUUGACUCACUGUUAUCACUGGGUGGCUUAAUGCUCACUCAGCAACACAAGAGGAACGGGGGUGACAUUAGUCCUGAUGGAAGCUCCAAGCGGAGAUGCAUGACUUCGCUAGGUGUUAGGGAGCCAGAUAAUUUCCAUCCAAUUUGUGCCGGCAAUGACGGUGAACUAAGCAGGGCCAGGCCCUAUUCGUGUCCAGUUUCCUGGGAUGGUCUGUCUUCCCAAUCACAUGUUAAGUCACCCGGAAGUGGUGGUACCCCUGAGCUCAAAGCAAAAGAUGUUUCAUCUGCCGGACCCAGGGAAAGAAAAGAGGGAAGUAAGAAGGGGCAAGGGUAUUCAGAAAGUUUUAAGGAAGACAAUGGCCUUAAAAUAAACAGUUCCACGGAGUCUCAAGAAAACAAAUUUCAUUUUGUCCAGAAACCUACAGUGAUCAACCGACCAAUCAAUAUGAUGCACAAUGUUUCAUCCUGUCCAGAUUUCCAACAGAUUUCUAGGAAAUUUGAAAAGCAAGAGCCAGAAUCAAGGACAGGC